CACCCUCUGGACCAGAGCCGGCGUUCCACAGAGGCGGAUCCACAAAUUUGGUCAUUUCCCAGCACAGGGGAGAUACCCACGAACUGGCGGGAGGAGCCGAGCAUCAGUUCUCAAGCUCUGCCCACUCUGUGGCUGCUGAUCCAGGCUUGGAGAAGUCUGCUCUAGCUCCCUCUCUGCCUCUCUCAAGGAUCCUGUCUAUCAGGGCAAGGAUAAUCUGUCAGAAGGACAAGCAAAAAGAAAAAAAAACACAACACACAAACAAAAGGAAGGAACGAACGAAGCAAGGAGCGUGACCAGGAGAACCAGGAUCCAAGAUUUAAAGCGAAGUUAGUUUCUCUGCAAGGUGUAUGGUACUUUUCACAUUUCUGAACAACGGCACUGAAUUCUACAAGGUAAAUUAUGACCACUCUGCUUUUAGUAUUUGUAUGUUUGCGAGUCAUCGCAGCAACUGUUUCUGUUGAAGUUUCUGAUAAUGCUAGGGCACUGAGUGUGAAGAUUGCGGCGCAGUCACCAGUGAAGUCUGCGCUUGCAAGCUCCGUGACCAUUCCCUGCUACUUCAUCUCCGCCACACCCUCCUCCCCGGACUCUCCCCCGGCGUCUCAGCUCUCCCCGAGAAUCAAAUGGACCAAAAUCACCGAAGGCGGAAAAGAGACGGUCAUCGUGGUUGCCAUUUCCGGAAAAGUUAAGAUCAACCAGGAGUACAAAGGGCGAGUCCAGCUUCCAAGUUACCAUGAAAUUCCAGGAGAUGCCACCCUGCAGCUGGAUAAACUGCUGUCACAUGACUCUGGAAUGUACCGCUGUGAGGUGAUGCAUGGUAUUGAGGACAGCCAGGACGUUGUAGAGUUGCUUGUCAAAGGAGUUGUUUUCCAUUAUCGCGCCAUCUCCAGCAGGUACACCCUCAACUUCUACAAAGCUCAGCAGGCGUGUAUCGAAAACUCCGCUGUCAUUGCAACCCCAGAACAACUACAAGCAGCUUAUGAUGAUGGAUUUGAUCAGUGUGAUGCUGGCUGGAUGUCUGAUCAAACUGUAAGGUAUCCAAUUCACAAACCACGAGAGGGAUGCUAUGGUAACUUGGAUGAGUACCCAGGAGUAAGAUCAUAUGGCAUUAGAGACACCAAUGAAACUUAUGAUGUUUAUUGCUUUGCAGAGGAAUUGCAAGGCAAGGUCUUCUACAUUACUACCACUGGAAGAUACGCCUUCAGGGAAGCAAUAGAAGCUUGCCUAGACAAGGGAGCUCAGUUAGCCACCACCGGGCAGUUAUACCUGGCAUGGAAAGAUGGCAUGGAUCAGUGCAAUACAGGCUGGCUGGCUGACGGCAGUGUUAGAUACCCAAUCUCAAAACGAAGACCCAACUGUGGCGGCAACCUAUUAGGAGUUAGGACCGUGUACCGUUUUAUCAACCAGACUGGCUAUCCUGACCCCACAGAUCACCAUGAUGCCUACUGCUUCAGUGGAAAGCCUACUAUAGAAGCAAUCACAGAAACCCCACUCACCUACCUAGCCACUGAGGCAGAAGAGGUAUUUACCGAAGAGGGAAGCGCCUUUACCAUCCAAACCAUACCUGAAAAGGUAGAAGUAUUCUUCACAAAGCCUACUGAAGAGGGAGAAGCAAAGGGAGACGUUUUUACAUUAAGUCCCUUCACUCCAGUGACUCUGCCAUCUACUGAGGAAGCUCCUGAGUUGACCAUAUCCCUCAGCCCAGAAACUGUCAGAAUCCCACCUCCUGAAGAACCUGUUACCGAGGGAAUUAUCCUUCUGAACGUUACAGGCCUACCCGAAGAUCUGAUCACCCCUGAGGAGAUCUCCAGUCCAGAAGUGCCAGUAUCUGUGGUAGCAACUGUCGGGGUCUCAGUACCCGCCGAAGAACUGACAGGAACUGUAGGACUAGAAGUCACAGAAAUUCCAACUCCUGCUCCACACACCAUAGAAGAGAUUGUUCCCAAGAUAACAGCAGCUCCAGAAGUUCUGGCAACGCCACCCGAAGGGCUAACAGCAGCUCCGCCUGAGACAGUGACCCCAAUUACGGCAGCCAUCACCGAAAAACUGAUCAAGGUGGAUGAGAGUUCAACGUUAUGUCCCAUCAGCCCAAUGGCUCCAACCGGGAUUGUAUUCCAUUACCGUGCCAUUUCAAGCAGGUAUAGCUUUAACUUCACCCAGGCCCAGCUAGCCUGCUUAGAAAACAAUGCCUUUAUUGCCACUCCAGAGCAGCUGCAGGCAGCCUAUGAGAAAGGAUACAACCAGUGUGAUGCAGGCUGGCUUUCUGACCAGACUGUCAGGUACCCAAUGGCUGACCCUCGUGAUCGUUGCUUUGGUGACAAAGGCGGCUUUCCGGGUGUAAGGAGUUACGGUGUUCGCAGUCCAGAAGAAACUUACGACGUCUACUGCUACAUUGAAGCUCUAGAAGGGAAGGUAUUCCACGCAACUGUGGCAGAUGGAUUCACUUACGAGGAAGCAGUUGACUACUGUCUCAGCCAUAACGCGAAGAUAGCCAGCACUGGCCAGUUGUACGCAGCGUGGAAACAGGGCAUGGAUAGGUGCCGAGCAGGCUGGCUGUCAGACGGCAGUGUUAGAUACCCCAUCCAAACUCCAAGACCGUACUGCGGCAGCGGGCAAGCUGGAGUGAGAACGGUGUACCUGAACCUGGAUCAGACCGGAUACCCUGACGCAGAGUCACGCUAUGAUGUCUACUGCUUUAGAGAUACCAUAACUCCCGUGGUGACGAAGAAGCCCGAGGUCGAGAAGCUGACAGUACCUGUGAUCCCAGUGAGUGAAGUCACACAGACUCCUGUGGUAGAGCUCGAGGUAGCCAGGACUGUGAGGCCAGAGGAAGCCGAGCUAGGCAAAACCGAUGUAUUUGUCAAGGAGACUACUGAGCAGCCCACCGUCACAAUCGGUGUGAUUGAAGAGACCAUAGCAACCCAGGUGGUGCCUCGGGUGGAGAUACGACCUCCUGAAUUAUCUACAGUAUUCCAGAUUUCUGAGGCCACCACUGAAUCCAUCCCAGAUCUAUAUACCAUAACCGAAGAGGAUAAGGAACUGUUUCCAACUGCAAUGCCUACAGUAGAGCCUGGAUCUGCUGACGUAACACCUGUACCAGAAGCUGAAGUGAGCGGGGAACCUUCUGGAUUACCGGAAAUUAGUGGAGAACCUUCUGGAAUUCCAGAAAUAAGUGGUGAACCUUCUGGAAUACCAGAUAUUAGUGGAGAACCUUCUGGAAUACCAGAUGUUAGUGGAGAACCCUCUGGAAUACCUGAUAUUAGCGGAGAACCUUCUGGAUUACCUGAUAUUAGUGGAGAACCUUCUGGAUUGCCAGAUAUUAGUGGAGAACCUUCUGGAUUACCAGAUAUUAGUGGAGAACCUUCUGGAUUACCAGAUAUUAGCGGAGAACCUUCUGGAUUACCUGAUAUUAGUGGAGAACCUUCUGGAAUUCCUGAUGUUAGUGGAGAACCCUCUGGAAUACCUGAUAUUAGCGGAGAACCUUCUGGAUUACCUGAUAUUAGUGGAGAACCUUCUGGAUUGCCAGAUAUUAGUGGAGAACCUUCUGGAUUACCAGAUAUUAGUGGAGAACCUUCUGGAUUACCUGAUAUUAGUGGAGAACCUUCUGGAAUUCCUGAUAUUAGUGGAGAACCUUCUGGAUUACCAGAUAUUAGUGGAGAACCAUCUGGAAUACCUGAUGUUAGCGAAGAACCUUCUGGAAUACCAGAUAUUAGUGGGGAACCUUCUGUAAUAUCCGAUAUUAGUGGAGAGCCUUCUGGAAUACCUGAUAUAAGUGGAGAACCUUCUGGAAUACCUGAUAUUAGUGAGGAACCUUCUGGAAUACCUGACAUUAGUGGAGAACCUUCUGGAAUACCGGAUAUUAGUGGGGAACCUUCUGGAAUACCUGAUAUAAGUGGAGAACCUUCUGGAAUACCAGAUAUUAGCGGAAAAGCUUCUGGAAUACCUGAUAUUAGUGGCGAACCUGAAAUUCCCGAAAUUAGUGGGGAACCAACUGGAAUACCCGAUAUUAGUGGGGAACCUUCUGGAAUACCUGACAUUAGUGGAGAACUUUCUGGAAUACCUGAUAUUAGUGGGGAACCUUCUGGAAUACCUGAUAUAAGUGGAGAACCUUCUGGAAUACCAGAUAUUAGCGGAGAACCUUCUGGAAUACCUGAUAUUAGUGGGGAACCUUCUGGAAUACCUGAUAUUAUCGGAGAACCUUCUGGAAUACCAGAUAUUAGUGGAGAACCUUCUGGAAUACCUGAUAUUAGUGGCAAACCUGAAAUUCCCGAAAUUAGUGGGGAACCAACUGGAAUACCUGAUAUUAGUGGAGAACCUUCUGGAAUACCUGAUAUUAGUGGAGAACCUUCUGGAAUACCAGAUGUUAGUGGAGAACCCUCUGGAAUACCAGAUGUUAGUGGAGAACCCUCUGGAAUACCUGAUAUUAGUGGAGAACCUUCUGGAAUACCUGACAUAAGUGGGGAACUUUCUGGGAUAUCUGAUGUAAGUGGGGAACCUUCUGGAAUCCAGGUAAUCUUGCUACCUACAGAAGAGUGGGAAUAUCCAACAACAGCAACUAAAAUUGCUGAAGUUGGGAAAGGCCCAAUUGAGGAACAUAUUUCAAAGAUUUCUGAUAUUAGUGGGGAGCCAUCUGGGAUUCCUGAAAUUAUUGAGAUGCCAUCUGGAAUUCCAGAUGUUAGUGGGGAGCCAUCUGGGAUUCCUGAAAUUAUUGAGGUGCCAUCUGGAAUUCUAGACAUAAGUGGGGAACCAUCUGGAAUUCUUGAAAUAACUGAGGUGCCGUCUGGUAUUCCAGACAUAAGUGGGGAGCCAUCCGGGAUUCCUAGAAUAAUUGAGGUGCCGUCUGGUAUUCCAGACAUUAGUGGGGAGCCGUCUGGGAUUCCUAUAAUAACCGAGGUGCCGUCUGGUAUUCCAGACAUAAGUGGGGAGCCAUCUGAGAUUCCUAGAAUAACUGAGGUGCCAUCUGGUAUUCCAGACAUUAGUGCGGAGCCGUCUGGGAUUCCAAUAAUAACCGAGGUGCCGUCUGGUAUUCCAGACAUAAGUGGGGAGCCGUCUGGGAUUCCUAGAAUAACCAAGGUGCUGUCUGGUAUUCCAGACGUAAGUGGGGAGCUAUCUGAGAUUCCCAGGAUAACCGAGGUGCCGUCUGGUAUUCCGGACAUAAGUGGGGAGCCAUCUGGGAUUCCUAGAAUAACUGAGGUGCCGUCUGGUAUUCCAGACAUAAGUGGGGAGCCAUCUGGGAUUCCAAUUAUAAGCAGGGACUCAGAAGUCAAUGGAAAACCACAUGAGGUCAGUGUUGAGCCUUCUGAAGUUUCCCAAAGUAUUAUUGCAUCAAGAAUUAUUGACAUAAGUAAAGAACCAGAAGACAUUGAAGAACCUUUAGGAUCUCCUGAAGUUACCAGCAAAUCCCCUGUGGUGACAUUGCCUAUAACACCUGGUAUUACAGAUGUUUCAUUACCAGAAGAAUCUCAACAUAAAAAGGAUGAGGUUCUUUCAAAACCAGUAGACAGUACAACAGCUCAAGAACCUACUAGGACUAUGGAUAUGCUGAAAGUUACUGCAGCCACUCCAGCCCUCAUCACGACAGUCCCACCUCAAGUGUCACCUGAAGUAGUGACUGAACCUCUGCCAGAUAAAGUUGUCCAUGAUCUAUGCCAAAUCAGCGCCUGUGGUCCAGGAACGUGUGUGGUGAGAAACGACAGCUUUGUUUGUAAAUGUCCAACCGGAUGGAUAGGCAAACAUUGUGAAAUAGACAUUGACGAGUGCCACUCGAGCCCUUGUCAGAAUGGAGCUACCUGUAUCGAUGGCAUCGACUCUUUCAAAUGCUUGUGCCUACCCAGCUAUGGAGGGGACCUCUGUGAAUUUGAUGUGGAGAAGUGUGAAGUUGGUUGGGCUAAGUUUCAGGGUCACUGUUACAAGCACUUCGUUGACAGACAGACCUGGGAAGAAGCGGAGCACCAGUGCAGGAAGCAUCGAGCUCACCUGGCCAGUCUCGUCACUCCAGAGGAACAGGCGUUCGUCAACAGUUAUGCCCAGGAUUACCAAUGGAUCGGAUUGAAUGAUAAGACAAUAGAAGGAGAUUUCCGAUGGACAGAUGCCAGCCCUCUGUUAUACGAGAACUGGCGGCCCAAUCAACCUGAUAGCUUCUUCAGAUCCGGUGAAGAUUGCGUGGUCAUGAUAUGGCACGAGAACGGCCAGUGGAAUGACGUUCCCUGCAAUUACCACUUGCCGUACACCUGUAAGAAGGGAACGGUUGCUUGUGGCCAACCUCCAGUGGUGGAACAUGCCAAAACCUUUGGAAAGAAGAAAGAUCGUUUUGAAAUUAACUCCUUGGUACGGUAUCAGUGUAAAAGUGGGUACUUACAGCGUCAUUUCCCCAAUAUCAAAUGCCAGCCAGAUGGCCAAUGGGAGAAGCCAAGAAUAGUCUGCAUAGACACUGUCAAAUAUGUCCGCAGGCCCCAGAAGAGAGUUGCUACAAGUAGGGCACAUCCUCAGAAAGAAUCAGUUGCUUCGUACAACUCUGACCCUUAAGUGGAAAAAAAAAAGAUGUAAUUCUAUUUCAGAACAUUUAUAUUAAGAAAAAAUAAUAAUAAUUUUGUCAGAUAAGAGAUUUGUUUUCCCAGCCAAUAUAUAAAACACCAAAGCAUCCCUAGAUCCAAUGCCUUUUUUUUCUCGAUUUCAAGUCAAGCAUUAUCACUUGGGUUGAACUCUUCAAUCUGUCACUGUGCCUUUGGGAUGAGAUGCUGAAGAUUCUCUUUUCAACCUGCCACAUGUCAUAAGGAAUACCGGAUCAACUUUUAACAGCUGGACCCUCCCAGCUGAGAUAGAUCAACAUAGUUUAAUACAAUGUUGGAAUGUAAAAUGCCAACAGAAUCAUUCAAAAAAAAAGCAACACAUUCACAGAUUUGUUAUCAAAAUGAGAUGAAAAUAUAGUUUCUAUGCUGUGAACACAAAAGCAACAGAACAAUUGUCCUGAUGCUAUUCUACCAGGACCAUGCGGUGCAUGGUGUUAUGGUCUCUUAUUUGUUGAGGUGCGUAGUAGGAAUUGGAGUGCUAACCCCAUUGUCAGUUGCAGCAGACGGUUUCCAGUCUAAGUCUUGUUGCACAAAAACCUAACAUUUCAUAACUUUCAAACUGGAAAACGAGCAAAAAAAAGUAAGAUUUGGUUUAUGUUUAGAGAACUGUGAGGGGGGGGGAAUUUGUCCUUGAACAUGUAAAAUAAAAUAUGAACGUUAUAUUUUAUCCUGAGUAAAGAAAACAAUAACAGCUUUAAAAAUGUAUUUCAGUGGAGAGAGAGAGAGAGAGAGAGAGAGAGAGAGAGAGAGAGUGUGUGUGUGUGUGUGUGUGUGUGUGUGUGUGUGUGUAUUUGUGUGUAUUUUAAUGAAACUGUGAAUGUUUGGGAGCCAGGGUGUAUGUAUGCAGCCAGAAUAAGUACAGGAAAAGAAACUUUGCUGUUAUUAAAUUUUAGGAGAUUCUUCUUCUUAUUCCUUUCCGCGCAUUCUGAUGCAUCGGGCGGCAACCUUUGCAAUUUCUUUAGCAUUUUUGUCUGUCUUUUUUUUAACGAGGCCAAGUUGCCAGCUCGAUAAUCAGACCAUCACAGAUUGGAAGUGUGCAAGGAGCCGACCAGAUUCGAACCCCAGACCACUCACCUCAAAGUCCAGUGCGGAUGCCUUAACAGCACUGGCCAGCUCAAGGGGACUGGAAACUGUAAACCGCUUUUGAAAUUUGUGAAAAAUAAUUGAUUAAUUGACGUUCUUCCAAAUAUGAACCUUAAACUCAGAGAAUUUAUUUUGUUUUAAAGGGAAAUAUACUGUAUUAGCAGCCACAAAGCUGUUUCCCUUUUUAUCGAGUAAAUCCCUUAAGAUGCAGAAAUUGAAUAAUCUACACUUCAGUGAUCUUCUUAAUGCCCACCUAAUUUUUUGAGAGAGAAUUAAAGUGAAGAAAUGUCCUGCUAAUCCUUGCAUCUGCCUGGAACUCUGAUCCAGGUUACUGGGAUGAACCUCAACCCUCUUUCCAGACUCCUUGAACAAAAUGCAAAGGUGACAGGCCGUCUUCAGUCGAAUUAUACCCAAAAUGCUCCCGGGAAAUCCUGACGUCAGAAACAGAAAUAUCACACUGGCAUCGAUAAAGCUAAUCUGAUAUUAGGACAGUAUAAAAGAAACAGGUUAUGCUAGACACCACCAAUGCAUUCACAGCAUCUGAGAUAGGAAUCCACAUUAAGGGUCUAAUGCCCCCUGCCCAACAAAGUUGGUAGUGUGAUGUGUGGUACAGAAUGAUGGCAUGACCUCUUUCUGACACUCAUUAACUUGAACACAAGUCAGUUUACCAUAAUCUCAAAGCAUCCGUUAUCUUACGCCAGCGUCUUCAGCGCUGAGUGGUUUGAUUCCAUGCCAGUUGCAAAGGCACGGUCAAAGCAAGCAGCCUAUACCGGGAGAUUGAGUUUCAUGCAAACUUAGUGCAGAGGAUUCUGUCUCUUCUUGCUUGUGCUGGAGUGGAUUCCAAGCCCUUUGUGCUGACAACGUGGGUACAGCCCAUUCCACCAACAGUGAGAAAAGAUAGUCAAACCUUCAGAGUGAGUCAUUAUUUCAGAAGCACCAUUAAUACUGUGUUAGUUGCUGGAUCAACUUGCUCACAGUGAAAAAGUUCUCCCCUCUGACAUAUUCAACUCCAGACUAAAAUUGGCUGGCAAAGGAAAGCGAGGAGUGAGCAGGGUACCAUCAGAUAGUCAGUGCCAGUUCUUCAAAAAACAGCCUUGGGAUAGGAAUACAAGAAGAAAGGAAAGUCCUAGAGCAAUGGUCAUUUAUUGCUGAAAGGAAGCCGUGAAGCGGUAGUCGUUUAUUGCCCUGUGGCUUUGUUUCCCAGAUUGCAUUGCAAACUAAAACAUCUUCAUUCUGCAGAUCAUUGCAUUCUUCAGCUACUUCUGUUUCACAUUUUCGCUUCAUUCCUGAUGACUCUUGGUGAAGUCUGCCAUUCAGUUCUAUCACUGAAGAAACCCAGCGCAAACAGCUCAGAGAUGUUAAGGGGGUCCGUUCUUGCUGGGUUCAGUGGCCAGAGCUGCUAGAGCCCCACCAGCAGCACCAGCUUGCAAUAUAUCUGACCUGCUUCUUCCUCUUUUAACAGAUACAAUAUACCUGGAGAUAACUUAAUGACGCAACAGAAUUCCUCUAGGUGGUUGUUGUAUCAUUAUGAGGACAACAGGUUAAAAAUUAGCAUUCAACUUUCUGUCAAAAUUCAUUUAUUAAAUAGAACUCAUUCAAGAUACCAAACACCAGCACUUGCACAGCAAUCUUAGACUCAAUAGCCUGCAUUUAUAGUUGCUUCUUUCUGAAUAGUAACACUGAAAUAUUGCAUCAUGGAUUCCACCAGUCUAUUAAGUGGUUAAAAUGGAAUUAUAUUCAAACAACCUUAAGAAAUAGUAAUUAAUUUUAUUUUAAACCAAUUUCAAAUUUGUAAAAACUGCUUUUGAAUUGAUUUAGAUCAUUUCUCCAACGCAAGCUGUGAGGGAAAUGGGGAUAUGCACACCUUGUUUUAGGUGUUCUAUGUACACUCUAAGCAAGCCUGAAUCAAGCGCUUCUAAAUGUCUGUAGUCGGAGCAUUGUAUUUGCUGGUAAGAGGAACUGAUUGUACACCCUGCAUGAUAGGAUUGUACCAAAUCUAUGUGUUUUGCCAUUUUGUAAGAGAUGUUAUUUUAUUUAAAACAUCAGCCCAACAAUGCAGAUGUUCAUUCGAACGAGGCCCUGUAUUAAGAUGAGGAGCACAUCCACAUAAAUUGAAUUGUGUGCAAUAAACUGUAUCCCAUGUGACACCAACUCUCAACUAACCUGGUGACUUCCCGCAUGUCUGAUCCCAGCUGGAGAGAAAUAUAUUGGGAGUUCUGUGUGCAUGUUAUGCAUGUGUAUUGUUGCCUGUUCAACAGAAGGGCCUUUUGUCUGCUGAACAUCAGAAAGUGAAUACUUGUUUCUAAUGUGCCUUGUGACUGUGCACAUAUGUAUUUAAAUAAAGUCACUGUCACAGAACUGAAACUCUGAGAGCACAGUCAUGCAAGUUUUGACUUCUUUAUUAGACCAUGUGUUAAGCUUAACGGUGUAGUGCCAACAAACCUCUCCACCCCCAACUUCUCGUUUUUGUUUCAAAUACAAACCUAGCCGCACUUUUGAACAUGAACACAAACCUACGGCUGAAUAUUUCACAGGUUAUUGCUCAUAAGGGUACUUGGAUUUCAAAACAAGUCCUCACUUGUAGCGAAGAGUUUUCUCCAAUGAAUAAAGGUUUAGAGGCACUU